AUGUCAGACGGUCCCAAAGCUCCGAGGAUAGCGAUCAGCUUCGGCGGCUCUUCCAGCUCAAAAAACAACAAGAAACCGUCGCGCCCGGACCCACCAUCAUCACUCGGCAAACGGUCACGAACGAAUGCGCUAAACAACUUUGACUCGGACUCGGACGGCGAGCACGAUCAUAGCCGCGGACGACACGAAGCGAUUACAGAAAUUGGCGGUGACUCUGAUCGGAAACGAGAGAAGAAGCCCCGUGAGCUGGUGAUUGAGAAGCAAAACAACCGCGACUGGAAGGCGGAGUUGCGCGGACGCAGGGGAGGCAAGAAUCUGCUGCCUGCCGAGGUGCAGGCGCAGCGAGAGCAAGAACGGAACGGCACACAACAAGAGUCAGAGAGAGAGCCUGCCGAUGCGGAGAAGCAGGUACAAUGGGGGUUGACCGUCAAGAAGCGCAAGGCGAGCGAGGAGAAUACCACACCCACAGGUCAGGAUGAAACGGCAGCAGAUGACAAUGACGGCCAGGGUGGUGAUCGAUCACCAAAUGAGAAACGGGCACCUCGCACAGCGGACGAAGACGCCAUGGAUGCCUUACUCGGGAACAAGCGCCAGGAGGAAGAAGACAUUGUCAUCCAGGCCACGGAACAGGACGCCUACCUCUCCGACAUUAAGCAUGUGGGUGAGGACGCGACGCUCGCAGACUACGACGCGAUACCGGACGGCGAGUUCGGCGCCGCGCUGCUGCGCGGCAUGGGCUGGGAUGGCAAGAUGCGCGGCCCCAAGAAGAAGCAGCCGACCGAGAGGCGGCAGAACCAGCUCGGCCUGGGGGCCAAGAAGCUGGAGGGCGCCGAGGACCUGGGGCAGUGGAACCACGGCGGAAAGAAAAAGAGCGGGCGGCCGAGGCUGGACGAGUACCGCCGCGAGGAGGAGAAGAGGCGCAGCGAGCGCAAGGAGCGCAGGGGCGAGAGCUAUAGGGACGAGAGGGAUCUAAGGCCGAAGACCCGCCGUCAUUAG